UUGUUUUAUAUUUUACUUAAAUACACUUUUUAGUUUUAUUUAUUGUUUACUAGUUCCAGAUAUUGUUUCUAAUGCAGAGGGAGAUACUGAUAUACGCAGUUCUGUACCUAGGCAUCAUGGGUGUUAUCAGGGGAAAGCCCCCGGAUCCGGGAGAGACGAUAGUUUCCCCAACCUGUUGGAUGAAUUCCUAUCCUGAUAAUACAUGCAUGUGUUUCCUUGACCACUGUCUACAAGUUGCAAGAAUGCUGUAUGUAGAAGAAUAUGGAUACCCUACGGUUCCAGUCGAAACUGCAACAGAAACUAUGAUCGACGGAGAGACGACCAUUGAUUUUGAUGAAAUAUUAAGACAAAUGUUUUCGAACGAUUCAGAAACUACAACAGUAUAUACCACUGUAACAGCGGGAUCCACAACAACCACCAGUUCAACAACUACAAGCACUUCAACAACAACUUCAACUCUAACUACAAGCACUUCUACAACAAGUACUUCAUCCACAAGUACUUUAGCUAUAAUUACUUCUACAACAAGUACUUCUACAACAAGUACUUCAACCACAAGUACUUCUACAACAACUACUUCUACAACAAGUACUUCUACAACAAGUACCUCCACAACUAGUACUUCAACUACAAGUACUUCUACGACUAGUACUUCCACAAGUACUUCUUCGACUUCGACUUCAACAAGUACCUCAUCAACAUCAACAACCACGACAACUUCUGCUGAUUCUACAACAACCACUGAUACUACAACGACUACUUAUACCACAACAACCACUGAUACUACAACCACUACUGAUACUACAACAACUACUGAUUCUACAACAACUACUGAUUCUACAACAACUACUGAUUCUACAACAACUGCUGAUUCAACGACAACUUCUGAUGAUUCUACAACAACUACUGAUACUGCAACAAAUACUGAUACCACAACAACGACUGAUACCACAACAACUACUGAUACUAAAACAACCACUGAUACUACAACAACCACUGAUACAACAACUACUGAUACUACAACAACUACUGAUACUACAACAACUACAGAUUUUACAACAAUUACUGAUACUACAACAACUACUGAUACUACAACAAAUACUGAUACCACAACAACGACUGAUUCUACAACAAAUACUGAUUCUACAACAGCUACUGAUACUACAACAACUACUGAUACUACAACAAAUACUGAUACUACAACAAAUACUGAAAACACAACAACGACUGAUACUACAACAACCACUUAUUCUACAGCAACCACUGAUUCUACAACAACUACUGAUUCUACAACAACCACUGAUUCUACAACAACUACUGAUACCACAACAACGACUGAUACCACAACAAUGACUGAUACUACAACAAUGACUGAUACCACAACAAUGACUGAUACCACAACAACCACUGAUACUACAACAAUUACUGAUUCUUCAACAACUGCUGAGGACAUUGGACUUGUGAAAGCUGAUACUGUAACGGAAGAUUCUGAUUAUUUUGGAUUUAAAACGGACGAUGAUGAUAAGUUUGCUCUUAAACUCAGAACGGGAAUUGAUAUUAUUGAUGUUUUUGGCUUUUCUAACAAAGAUGAUACUGAUACUGACAACACUAUUGAUUUUGAAUUGGAUACCUAUGAUGAUAUUGGAACUGUUAAAGCUGAUGUCGAGACAGAAAGUACUACUUCUGAAAUAAAAGCUACUGAUGCUGAAACGGAAAGUUUCGAUGCUGAAACGGAAAGUUCCAAUACUGAAACGGAAAGUUCCAAUGCUGAAACGGAAAGUUCCAAUGCUGAAACAGAAAGCACUCCUGAUGAAGCUGCAGCUAUCACAACCACAAUUGAUCCAUCUGCUAGGAUGAUAUUGGUUCCAACAACAUUCAGUAAAAUCGGACCUUUUGGUGUCAAGAUCACUGAUAACACUGUAAAUCUGUGUGAUUGCAGAUUUGAGUUACCAGAAAAAAUGAAGGUUAAACUGAUGAUAGAUAUGCUCUGGACUCCACUAUACGGAGAUCAAAGGACAGAUCAAUUUUUGAGCCUCAAGAAAAGUGUUGAACGAGAGUUGGUUCAGCUUUUUAAUUGGACAGAAAUACCGAUUUGGCGAAGUACAGAUUCUGAAUCUUCGAAGUUGGAUGACGGGUUGGAUGUAGAGGAGUUCUAUCCCUACUAUGGAUACACUGCACUCAGUCUGAACUUGAACUUAUCCGAGUCAAACUCUAACAAUAAACUUGCAACAGAGUCUGCUAUAAGCUGGAUUCUAGAGAAAUACUUGGAUAACAAGACCGACAAGGUUGAGUUAUACUCCGGGUUCUCUAAACAUCUGUAUGAACCGUAUCCUAUAUCCGUGGAAAGAAUCCAACCAGAGAAAUAUGUUGGUCAACUUACUACAGCAUCACCCUUGGAGGAGGAUGAACUUGGUGAUCUAAGGUUUAUCUUCCUUCCAUUCGGGAUCGGUAUUCUGCUUCUCGCUGUAUUCAUAUUUCUGAAGGCCUGCCACUGCAGACAAUGGAUUUAAAUAAAAUUAUCAAAACGUUAUCAUGCUAAUUAGCUUUAAGGGACUCGGCUUCUGUGUUAUCAAUAACUCUAAAAAUAAAUAGUAUUCUUUAUUAAUGUAAAUAAAUGCACACUUAAAA